GACUUCAUUUGUAUCAAGCUACUUUUUUAUUAGGUCAUAUUGUCAAUAAGAAAUACGAUACUAAUUAGCAGCAAUGGUUUACUUUUUAGUUCAGCAUAUCCUCCCACCGACACCUCUGAUUGGCUAAAACGGCCGGUCUGUCACGUCAAUGCAGAGACCCACUGUGCAAAGGAAAUUCCCAGUGCGCGUGCAGGAUAAAGCGGGAAUGGAUCUCACGCACAAACCUUCGUUCACAUUGAUGUCGGUGGAAUAUAAAAAUAAAAUCUGAAAAAUGACGCAAUAUGCUCUAGGAGUCCACCUGCAGAUUCUGCUGGCAGUGGGUCUGGGAGUGUUCUGCUUCUGCCUGGUGCUGGGCUGUCUACUGUGUUGGCGGAGAGGGAAGUAUCAUCCACCAGAGGACAAAGAGUCUGCACUGUCCCCUUCCUCAGCCACGUGUGAACGGAUCACCGUGACCCUGACCCCCUCCUCUGGCACCUUACCCAUCAAGCAGCAGUAUGAGGAGCUAGACGGGGAUGUCCUGGACCUCCCCUCCCACAAUAGCAGCUCCUCCCCCUCUGAGAAUGACCUCACCACCCUGCCCUUUGAACCUCGCCCCCGGUCGUCCUCCUCUGAGCUGAGGUCCUCCCCCAGGUCCUGCUUCCCCAUGCGUCGCCUCAGCACCCCGGUAGUGUCCUCCUCCUCCCACUACAAGCCUUCAGGCCAUGGCCGUGCCUCCCUGCCCUCCAUCCCCAAACUGGGCCUAGUCUCCAAGACCCGUCGGGCGCUGGAACGCCGCUACUCCGUGAACGGUGACAACUUCCUGUACAGCGAACAGAGCCGCCUGACCAGCCCUCGCAGUGCCAUGCACCCUCCUGGCCCUCAGAGGGAGCUGUCCCAGCCACAGUAUGGCUCCAGCUCCAGCUCCCUAUCCAUCCCCACCAAGCCUGCUCCUCUCCUACACUUCUCCCUACUCUUUUCCCCGGCACGGGGCACUCUGACCACCAACAUCAUGGGCCUGUCCGGGGCGGCACGGCGGCGCAGUGGGGUGUUCGUACGAGCCAGCCUGCCCCCGCUCUGCCCCUCACCCCAGCAGGGGGCAUCUCGGCGGCCCAGCCUCAGCCCAGAGAUACAGUGCCAGAGCCUUGUGCUACAGGUGGGCUCUGUGGAAGAGCUCCGCGCCUGCACCCUCCGGCUGGCUGUGUUCAGCAGGGACUUUUCAGGCCUGAGAGAGACAGCGCUGGGAAAGCUGGAGAUGCCUUGUGGGGAGAUGGACUGGGAGCCCGACACAACUGUCACCUACACCAGGGAGCUCACCCCCACCAGGAGUAGGCUGAAAAGGAGUAUGAGUUCCCAGGAGACGUUGGGUCGUAGGAAGAGUUCGCUCUGUGCUGCUCCACGGGCCCUGGGUCAGCUCUUCAUUCUGCUGCAGUACCAGACACUGGCCCACCGCAUCAAGGUGAUGGUCCGCAAGGCUGAAAACCUGGCCAAACUCUCCCGGAUGCCAGGAGCAGCAGAUCACUACGUAGUCAUCAACCUCCGUCAGGAUGGGAAGGUGAUCAGUACGAAGGAGACCAAAGGGGCGGGAGGACACAACGCUGUGUGGAACGCUCCCUUUCUCUUUGACCUGCCUGUUGGUGACAUCACUCAGCUGCCUCUUGCUCUGGAGUUCAUCAUCAUGCAGGGGCGGCUCUACAGGAAGAGCAGCAUGCUGGGCCGUGUGUUGAUUGGCUGCGAGGCCCCAGAGGCAGGACAGGGACACUGGAGGGACAUGUGCAGUCAGGGACAGGUGGAGACAGCGUACUGGCACCCCAUCACACCAGAAGUCGUUUAGGACUUUAUAGCUGACCUUAUGGAGGUGUCAGGAGGGUCAGGACGUUGCUGGAGAGAGGACAGGUGAUAGAGGGCUUGCCAGACUAAUGGGACACGCACAAAGGACGUCCACCUCUACGCAGACGACACCAUUCUAUAUACUUCCGGCCCGUCCUUGGACACUGUGCUAUCUAACCUCCAAACGAGCUUCAAUGCCAUACAGCACUCCUUCCGUG